AUUAAAAUAUACCAUUACAACCGAUAAUGUCAAAAGAAGAAACAUUAAAGCAGAUAUUCCAUCUUUUGCAAACAAAUAUCCAUGCCUACAUGAAGUCAUCUGACCAAUAUAUUGAAAUGAGGGAAAAACGUGUAAGAAGAUCUAGAUCAAUCAAAGCAUCUAGUUGUCCAACAAACACACGCAGCAGCAACUACUAUAUUAGCAAAGACCAAGGUACAUCUAUAACGCCACCAGAUUCGCCUAUAGAAUGUCAAUGCACAGUUCAACAAAAACAGCUUAUUGAAGCCAGCCACAGCAACGUUUCUUCUGAACGAGUAUUGUCUGAAGUUCAGGUUCUGGACGAAAAUGGAAAAUUGCCUGACAGUGCCAUUUGUAAUACAUCCGACGGAUUAUUGUCAGAUUUUAUGAAUACUUUAGAUGAAAGAAAAGAAGUCGAAGAAGUUAUCUCGGAAGAAAAGUAUAAUAACCCUUCUCUGAGAUGUCCAUCGACACCAGAUACUGAAAAUUCUGACAGCUUUGUCUUUGGCAACAUUAUUGAUCAACAAUUGUCAAUCAUGAGAGAAAAUAUAGAUUUAAAGAUUCAAAUGCAAGAGGUUAAAAUGCAUAUCAACAGUUUCCACAAAGACAAAGAAGACCACGAAAUCAUGAACCAUAAUAUCACUUCUAUUGAUGAUAUAUUGUCAAAAGUUUUAUGUACACAGAAACGCUCAGAAAUCCUUUGCGACAAGCUUUGUGAGGGACUAUGCAAAGUUAAAGAAACGGAUAAAAAAUUACCACCACAACUAAAGGAGUUUUGUGACAGUAUAAGAAAGACUGUUGGUCAAGAAUUCCGUCAGAUAGGGAGAGAACUUGGAAUACAACCAGACAUGCUAAAUCAUAUUGAAGACGAGUAUUUGGAUGCAGAAGAGUGUUUGCAUCAAAUUAUUUUGGAAUGGAGUACACAAACUGAAACGCCAUCCUAUCAUGCAUUAGUUACAGCAUGUGGUAAUGUAAAUCCAGACAUUUUGAAAUGUAAACCUCUUGAUGAAAAGAAAACAAUGGUGCUUGAACGAAACUACAGUAUGAUGUGUGAAGAAAUGUUAGAAGUACCACUGCUACCUUACCUGAUUUCCGCUGGUGUAAUGUCGUUGAAAAUGCAAAGAUAUAUUUUACAGCCUAAGACUCAUGAUCAACGGAUUUGCCGACUUAUUGACAUUCUGAAGACAAGGGAGAAUGGGUUCGACGCUCUUUUAUGUGCGAUUGAUCUUUCAGAUCAGAGUCAUGUUUCUGCCUUAUUGAAAUCAUCAUUUGAAACAGAAACAGGGGAAACAUUAACACAGCCUGAAGUAUCCCUCUCUGACGAUUAUGGACCUGGCAAAAUGUCUGCUCCCUGUAUAUUGAGACAAAAGCGUUUGUGUUCUUCGUGUGAAUCUUUAAAUAGUGAUGAAAGUAAAAGUCCAGCUAUCAGUAUACUGAUGAAAAUACAAGAAAUGAUAGCAAAGUUAGACUUCCCAGAAAAACAUUAGACACGACAUCAAUAAAUAAGUUUAUAUUUCAUUGGUGGAUUUAA